UUCUCCCACCUAACCAACCAUCAAAUACACCAUAUCUUCCCAGUUCCCACACCCUUACUCUCAAGCAUGGAAGACCCAGAAACGCCUGCUCCCCCCGCCACCACCGUCGACACCUCCCGCCCAUUCCGCUCUGUCAAAGAAGCCGUUGCAGUGUUUGGGGAGCGGCUUCUUGUCGGAUCCGGAGAAGCUUACUCGUCGUCACCGAAACCGUGUGCUAAUGUCCAGUUGGAGUGGAGGAGAUCAGUAAAAGAAGAGAGAGAACAUGAAGUGGUGGUGGAGACCCUGAAGAAACUUGAAGCGGAGCUGGAGGAGACGAAGGAAGAGUUGAGGUUGCUGAAGGAGAGGGAAGAGGAUACGGAAGUAGCAUUGGCAUCGCUGAAUGCAGAGCUACACAAGAACAUGUCCAAGUUGGCCGAGGCCGAGGCCGAGGCGGCUGCGGCAGCCACGAGAAGAAUUACAAUGGGAAGCGAGAGAAAGGAAGAAAUGAAGGGGAUGGUGAGAAUGGAGGAGGCGGAGUCGCCCACAUUGGCUCAGAUAUUGAGCUUUGGAGAGCAGAGUAAGAGUAAGAGUAAGAGUAAGAGAGGGUAUUUUGGAAAGAGAAAACCAAUAAUUCCACUGGUUGGAGAUUUGUUGUUCAGGAGAAAGGGGUCUCCUCAUGCUCUCCAUUCAUCUUUCAACUCCUUCAAUUACAAAUCUUAAAUUUCCCUUCUCCCUUCUCACCUGCAUGCUUCUAAGUUCUACUUCCAAUGUGUGUUACUGUUACUGUUUACCUUGUCGUGAAUUGUGAUGUAAUGUCCUAUUGUUUUUCUUUU